GCAGUAUACGACAUGGCUUCGCAUGCGUACCCUUCCAAGAGACCAUUCCAGAAGAAGUAUUCAGAACACAAUGGUCGGGCCAAGUGGCAAAAGACAAAACAUGCUCCUUCACAGCAGACUCAGCUGACAAUACAGCCUGGAGUUCCUCUUAUCCGCAUUCUUUGCCCUACUGAGAAAUGUGGGAAUGUUAUUGGUAAAGGUGGUAGCAUCAUUGCAAAGAUAAGGCAAGAAAACGGAGUGAAAAUCCGGGUUGAUGAAGCAGUCCCUGGUUGCGACGAGAGAGUUAUUGUCAUAACUACCGUUGAGAAGGACAAAGAAGCUAGCCACGAGCAAGGUAAAGAGAAUGAUGGUGGUACUGCUGUUUCUGCUGAUGGCGAGCAUGAGAAGGAGAAAGACCACAGUAAGGAAGAAAAAGAUGAUUCAGAUAAUGCCCACGGCAAGGAAGAACAAGAUGAUGCAGAGAGAGAUGACAGCAAGGAAGAAAAUGAUGAUUCCUCUGUUGCAAAAACUACAAAGUUGGAGCCAGAGAGGGUAAUACCAUCAGCAAUGAACGCUGUUUUGCAUGUCUUUGAUAGGAUUUUUAUAACUGAAAGUGAAAAUGGAACUGGAGAUGCAUCAGGCCAGAAAACUCCUCUUUCUUUCAGAUUGUUGGUGCUAGAUAGCCAAGUAGGUUCGCUUUUGGGAAUUCGAGGUAGUGUGAUUAAGCAAAUGUCCGCUGACAGUGGCUGUGAAAUCCGAGUUUCAAAGGAGAAUCUUCCUUUAUGUGCUUUACUCAAAGAUGAACUUUGUCAGAUUAAUGGAGAGCUUGACUCAGUUAGGAAAGGUCUGAAUGCAGUGGCUCAAGUGCUCUUUACUCACCCCCCUAGGGAAAGUGAUGUAGUUCCUGUUGUUCAUCCUUCUGGUUCAUCAUCACGCACCUUCGAUCGCUCAGAUGGUCUUCCUCCAGGAAUGCCACCUAACUUUCAUCUCCCUUUUCAAGGGCCAUCCCAUGCCAGGGGACCUUUUGAUACCAUUGACCAAAGGCCAAAUGUUGCACCUUUCCCAACUUUUCCUGACCAACGCUCAAACAUUCCUCCCUUUUCUGCUUUUCCUGAUGCUCUCAUGCAUGGCAACGCUUCAGUUCCUCCAGAACCUCUCACCUUCAGGCUAUUAUGUUCAAGUGACAAGGUCGGAAGUAUUAUAGGGAAGGGUGGAAACAGUAUCAAGACUAUUCAGAAAGAUACCGGUUGUGAAAUAAAAAUUCUCGAGACUAUUCCAAAGUCAGAUGAUCACAUCAUAAUCAUCUCUGGACCGGCGCAUCCAGGUGAUGGCAUUUCCCCAGCACAGAAUGCAAUUCUGCAUGUGCAGCGUAAAAUCACGCCACCCACCUCUAACAAGGAGGGUCCUGCAAUAUCUAGGCUGAUUGUUUCACCUAACCAAGUUGGCUGCCUCCUUGGCAAAGGUGGCAGUAUCAUAGCUGAAAUGAGGAAGCUGUCAAAAGCUCAUAUAAUAGUGCUGAGCAAAGACAAGAUUCCAAGGGGUGUACAAGAAAUUGAUGAAGUUGUUCAGAUAACCGGGGAUUCUGAGGCUAUUCAGGAAGCUCUGAUGCAGAUAACUGCUAGGCUACGUAACAAUCUUUUCCGGGACAGAAUGGCUUCAAUGGGUCCCAGUAUGCAGCCACCUUUUGGUUUGCUGGAUCCCCAGUUUGGUGCAUUUGCGGGAAUCCAUGAAUCUACAUCUCCUAGAAUUUAUCCUAAUGCAUCUCAGUUUCAUAAAGAUUUCAUGGGACGACCAUUGGAUGAGAUGCCUGCUCCUUGGACCACAAAGGAUGUUGGUGAUCCGAUGUCAAUAUCUGGCAUUCCUGGAAUGGCACACAGAGGAAUGGGUGGAUUCUCUGGUCCUGUUCAUUCAUCUAGGCCAAUCAUAACUGGAAAUAUCAUGGUUCCAAGAUUAGUUAUACCUGCUCUAUGUGGGCAUGAUGGAGGUUGUUUGAAUCUGAUUCGCGAGUUUUCAGGAGCUAAGAUAACAAUCGAUGAACCGCUAGCUGAUUCCAUCGAUACACCUGUUAUGAUAUCUGGCACACCGGAUCAGAUGCAUGCAGCCCGAAGUCUUGUUCAAGCAUUUGUUCUAAGUGAACCACCUGCCUCAUGAGAUUUCAAAUCUCUGAAGGUGAUGCAUCCCCUUCUAAUAUUUUGAUCCUUCUGGGGAGGUCAUACGCCCAGGUGAUGCUGUUUGCGUGCUGGGCAAUGAAGCUAGUAACCUUAUGUGUGUUUGAAUUUUUCAUCACUCUGUCUGCAGAGUUGCAUGCGUGAAUGGAUAAUUAUGCUGAACAAAGACUAAAAUUCCAGUGGUGGAACUUCUCUAGGUUCCUUUUAUAAUCUCCCAAAGUUGUGGCACCAGAUAUGGAAAGCAUUAUAGCUGCCUGAAUCUAUCACUUUAUGCAAGCCAUAGCUUGGGGUUGGAAAGUUUCUAACCUUUUUGUAUGAGAACCCGAUCAUGCGAUGUUGUGAACUUCUAUAAAGGGAAACAACCUAUUAGUGAUCAUUAUGAAUUUUGGUUUGA